AUGAUCAAGAAGGGGAAGUGGUCAAAGGAGGAGGAUGACUUGAUCAUAAACUACAUUCAGAGGCAUGGCAGCAUCGGUCGGAGUUGGCAGGCCUUGUCCGACAGUUUAGGGCUGAGGCGGUGCGGGCGGAGCUGCCGUUCCAGGUGGCUGAACUACCUCCGCCCGGGACUGAAGCACGGCAAUUUCACGCUGGCCGAGGAGAGGAUCAUCUGCGAGAUGUACAGCAAGAGGGGAAGCUGCUGGUCUGUCAUCGCCGCUCAGCUUCCCGGGAGGACCGACCUCGCCAUCAAGAACUACUGGAACAGCACGCUCAAGAAGAAGUACCUGCUCCCAGCGGCGAGAAGAACCGCCGCCACCUGGGGCCGCCGGACCUGCCCGGCCGGCAGCACGUCGUCCGACGCCGCCGGGGUUCCGGCGCGGGGCCUGCAGCUAGUUGUCUACAGCAGCGAGGAGAGCUCCACGGCUGGGUCCUCCAGCCCGGCCGUCAAGCCCGUCCUGGCCGGCCCGACGCCGGCUCCGGUCGCCGCCGCCGGCCAAGAACCGAUCGCGGCGGUCCCAGUUAGUGGACCGAUGGUGGGGAUCGAGCAGAAGCUAGCCUUGGUGAGCCGACUGCCUCUAGAGAAGCCGCUGCGGCUGCCGCCACCACCGGCCGGUGAUCAGAUUGGGGAGAGACUCAUGGACAUCGUCUGCGCUCCUCUGUCUCCGAUCCCUCUGAACUUCAUGGAACCGGAGCUGCUGGCUUGCAUCGACGGGUUCGAUGACACUGAGAGCUUCUUGCCGUGGUUUGAUCAUCACUGA